AUGUCUACAAGCAAAGCCUUCUAUUUACGACAAGUAUGGCUUUACAAUCUAGGAAUACAUUUAAUAUCAACACAACAACAAAAUGGUAAAGGCUUUUUCCACGUUUGGACCGAAGACCAAGGGAGUCGCGGUCCUGAAGAGAUUGGCAGCUCACUUAUGGCCUUUUUGGAGAAUAUCAAGGACCAAGCCAUGGCUCCCGAUCAUCUAAUUGCAUGGAGUGAUUCGGCAGGUGGCCAAAAUAAAAAAUUUUAUAUUGUCUGUCUAUGGCACUAUCUAAUAAAUUCAGGAGUGUUCAGAAAAAUUGACCAUAAGUUCCCUGAAGUGGGACAUACUUUCAUGGACUCUGAUAGAGACUUUGCAGCGGUUGAAAAGUCUAUCAGGAAGCACCAAUCAAAUUAUACAAUAGACCAAUAUAUUUCUAUCAUGGCAGAAGCCAGGAAAAAAACACCUUUCAAUGUUACAAGAAUGGCGGACAAAUUUGUUGAUAUAAAAGAGCUUCCAAGAAAACUUGGACUCGUUGAUAGAAAAAAACUACAACUAACGAGAAAUUUUCAUUCAGAGAUGUGA